AUGGUCGGUACGCCUUGGGGCGAGUCGCGCGGCGCAGGUUGGGGUGGACGGAACUCGACGUCGCGAUCAUCAUCUCGCCAUGCUUUACACUCCUCGUCGCCGCCUAGACUUGAUGGGAGUUCCCACCGCCACGGACGGACUGCACGGUGCCCAUGCCGCAGGACGAAACAGCUCGCGUCGCCAGAGAGCGAGCUCGACCAUGGCCUCCAACUCACCUGCUGGCGCAUCGUCGGCUUCGCUCCAGACUCUGGCGACUCUCCCCUCUCCCCACCCCCGGCAGGCGCAGGUCGACAGGUGACAGGUGCAGGUCGCAAAGGUGCAGGUCGAAAGGAGUUUGGUGCGUCCGCCAAGAAGCGUGACUGGAUGGCGGGUGAGGGCCCUGGCAGGGGUUCAUGA